AGUUAGUGUCACUGUGUUAAAUGAUCGCUAACUUCACUCCAGCCCCGGGUUAGCAGGUAUAACAGUUGUGGGCCGUCAGGUCAGACAAGCGGGAUCAAUUCCCGCAGCGUAACCCAGUUGCGACCGGGUAAGGUUGUAUGCUUGCUGCAGUCCGGGAGGUGUGUCCAGCGUACUGUUGUCUCACUGUACAACGCAAGCUGACGAAAACGCCCCCUGGGGAGACGAGUUACAUGCACGUGGACCAGAGUGGACAUAGGUAUAUUGGAUUACAGUACGCGUGACAGCCCUAACAGAAGAAAAUGGCCGACAUUGAGUUCGGGACAAAAAUGAGAGAGCAGUUCUGCCUAUCUAAUGAUUACUGCUUCAUCAAUCAUGGCUCCUGGGGAACAGUGCCCAAGUGUGUGCUGAAAGAGAAAAACAGAUACCUGGAAGAAAUAGAGAGCAAUCCAGACGGGUUCUUCCGGUGGAACCAUGGUCGCCUGUACAAAGAGAUGACAAACAUUGCUGCUCAGUUUGUCGGAGCUGAUCCCAAAAACCUGGUGCUUGUCGGCAAUGCAACAACCGGUGUCAACAGUGUUGUCAAAUCAUUCCCACUUAAAUCAGGAGAGGGGAUCCUCGUGACUAACUUGACGUAUCUGGCUGUGAGAAAUGCGUGCCAAGCGGCUUGUGAUAAAGUUGAAGGAGCAAAAUGUCAUAUUCUGGAGAUUAAAUUUCCUAUUGAAAGUGAAGACUCCAUCGUUGAAUUGUAUGAGGCUUAUCUACAAGCUAAUCCAGACGUCAAACUGGCCAUCAUCGAUUAUAUAACCAGCAGCACGGCUCUGUUGUUACCUGUGAAGCGUUUGAUUGAAGUGUGCCGCCGUCAUCAGGUGCUAGUGAUGGUUGAUGGGGCGCAUGCGCCGGGACAUCUGGCCAUUAACGUGGAGAAGCUUGGAGCGGACUUCUUUACAGCCUGUCAUCACAAGCGGCAGCUAUGCUCGAGCAGGCCUGGGGAACUUAUCUACUUCCUGUUCCGGAUUCAUGAGAGCACCAAACAUGAAGAUGAUCAGGUUACCUGCCUUGCAUAUGAAGACACUGUGGAAGGAAGCGAAGCCCUCAUGAAGGACUUAUUUGACCGGUAUAAACUCGUAAUGUGUGUGUGUGCACAUAACGGAGAACUGUUUGCUCGGAUAUCCGUUCAGAUCUACAACACGAUGGCGGAUUACGAGGUGCUGAAAAAUGCCGUGCUGGACAUCACCAAACAAAACAAACCUUACUGCUUCAUCAAUCAUGGCUCCUGGGGAACAGUGCCCAAGUGUGUGCUGAAAGAGAAAAACAGAUACCUGGAGGAAAUAGAGAGCAAUCCAGACGGGUUCUUCCGGUGGAACCAUGGUCGCCUUUACAAAGAGAUGACAAACAUUGCUGCUGAGUUUGUCGGAGCUGAUCAGAAAAACCUGGUGCUUGUCGGCAAUGCAACAACCGGUGUCAACAGUGUUGUCAAAUCAUUCCCACUUAAAUCAGGAGAGGGGAUCCUCGUGACUAACUUGACGUAUCUGGCUGUGAGAAAUGCGUGCCAAGCGGCUUGUGAUAAAGUUGAAGGAGCAAAAUGUCAUAUUCUGGAGAUUAAAUUUCCUAUUGAAAGUGAAGACUCCAUCGUUGAAUUGUAUGAGGCUUAUCUACAAGCUAAUCCAGACGUCAAACUGGCCAUCAUCGAUUAUAUAACCAGCAGCACGGCUCUGUUGUUACCUGUGAAGCGUUUGAUUGAAGUGUGCCGCCGUCAUCAGGUGCUAGUGAUGGUUGAUGGGGCGCAUGCGCCGGGACAUCUGGCCAUUAACGUGGAGGAGCUUGGAGCGGACUUCUUUACAGGAAACCUCCACAAAUGGUGUUACGUGCCCCGCGGCUGUGCUGUCCUCUGGGCACAUCCGCGCCAUCAGUCCUGGGUUUCCCCUCUCCUAACCGCCCACAUGUACAAAAAAGGCAUGCACCUGGAGUUUUCUUAUCAAGCGACCAUGGAUUACAGCUCUUACCUGUGCGUUAAAGCUGGACUCAAGUUCUACCAGGAUGUGGGAGGAUAUGAUAAGAUUCACUCCUAUACAUCUAGCCUGUCAUCACAAGCGGCAGCUAUGCUCGAGCAGGCCUGGGGAACUUAUCUACUUCCUGUUCCGGAUUCCAUGAGAGCACCAAACAUGAAGAUGAUCAGGUUACCUGCCUUGCCGUACGAAGACACUGUGGAAGGAAGCGAAGCCCUCAUGAAGGACUUAUUUGACCGGUAUAAACUCGUAAUGUGUGUGUGUGCACAUAACGGGGAACUGUUUGCUCGGAUAUCCGUUCAGAUCUACAACACGAUGGUGGAUUACGAGGUGCUGAAAAAUGCCGUGCUGGACAUCACCAAACAAGACAAACCGUGACUCGCGAGACUUUGAUUUAAAACCACAACUAAGAAUAUAAAAUUUUAUUUCUUUUUACAAGAUAUCUGUAUUUUUUAUCAUCUGAUUCAAGAUAAGUAAAUUUAAUGUGCUCUGUACUGUGUUA